UCUUCACUUCUUUAUGAUAUUGGUGACGAGUUACCUGUUAAGUGUAUGUGUACUCAGUAAUAAUGACAACACGUUGUACAAAAAGUUUUUUUUUAUAUAUAUAAAGUCUUUGUAUAGAAAAAUAUGAGUAAAUGCCACAUUUGAUCACUGAGAUUACUAAAUCAUGCCAUGUUUAGUCACUAGAAAAAAUUAAUAUCAGUUUUUGAAUCAAAUUCUAUCCGGAUGAUGAUCCGAGCUUUGAAGUGGAAGUUGAGUAUAGUAAUCUACCGUCAGUGUGUGCGAAGUGUGGUAUGUUUGGUCACAGCUGUGGUUCGAUUUCGGGUCCAAAGAGGGUGUGGAUUCCUAAGAAGUGUUCAGUAGUUGUAGUUGAGGAAGAUGCAACUGUGGAUGAGGUGAUUCAGGAUCAGCCUCUCUCAGAGGAGGUUAUUUGUGAUGCGCUGACUGACGAGAUGCAGGUUGCACCUGUGGUGGAUAGUGUCCAAGAAGUUACUCACUCUUUUCCUAAUCAAGUAGGGAGUCCUCCACUGAGUUUUACUCAGGUAGUCAGAGGGUCACCAACUGCUGGGAGCCCUGUGACAGCUGAACAGUUGGCUAAAUCAAAUGAGUCAUCAUCGUCUAAGGAUGGGAGCUCUAAGAUUCAGUCGCCUCGGGGAGGGAAAGAGAGUGGGAAGUCUACUGCUAGCAAGGAUGUGCCGACUCCAAAGGAUGAUAAAGGAAAGAAAAUUUGGGUAGAUGACCCUCAGGAGACAUUUCAAGUGGUGAAAAAAGGAGGGAAGGGUGGAAAGGGCAAGAAACAAAAGAAAUGAAGAUACUUACCUGGAAUACUAGAGGUUUUGUAGCUGAUAGUAAGUAUUUAGAUUUACGUAGAAAGAUAAACAAGUAUAAUCUUAGUAUAUUAGCUAUACUUGAGCCGAGAAUUAGAAGAAAAGAAGAGAGAAAGCUUGUGAAUAAAAGGCUUCAGGAUUGGGAGAAUGAGAUUACUUAUAACUCUGUUGGUUUGGGUAAAACUUGGCUCACUUGGAGGAACGAUAUUUCUCUGAGAAUCUUGCACUCUACUGAUCAGUUCAUUCAUGUUCUAGUUAAGUCUGUUGUUCCUUUCUUUGCAACAUUUGUAUAUGCAUCGAAUGAGGAAAAGGAUAGAAGGAAGUUGUUUGACGAUUUGAGGAAGAUUAGAGUCCAUGGUAUUCCUUGGAUGAUAUCUGGAGACUUCAAUGAGAUUCGGUGUCCUGCUGAAGCUUCAAACGUUACACAUUAUAGUACUAGUAUGAAGGAUUUUGAAAGUUGGAUUCUAGAGUUAGAACUUGAAGAUCAUCAAGCCACGGGGCCGUGGUUCACUUGGCUAAACAAGCAAUAUGCUCGUCCAAUUGCGAAAAAACUAGAUCGAGUAUUGGUUAACUUUGACUGGUUGGAUAAGAUGAUGGGGAGUUCAGUUCAUUUUCAGAAGCCAGGAGUUUCAGAUCAUUGUCCAAGUUUGGUUGAUACUGAGGCUGCAAAGCAAUGUCUGCCUAAGCCAUUUAAGUUCUUUCGCUUCUGGAUCAGGCACCCAAAGUUUGAUGAGUUAUUAAGGAAGGCAUGGGAGAGCAGGGUGUCAGGGCCUGAUAAACCGUUAAUUGCACAUGUUUUACCCCUAUUCUGGAGCCGUUUGAGGUGUUGAUGCUCGUGUUUUAGACCGAUUUCACGCUAGGUUGUGCUUGUUUGUGAUAUUUCAGGUCCUAGUAAGUGAAUGAAGGGUUGGGAGCGAGUUCGGGGUCGAUUGGACGAAGUUCGGACGCGCGGCGAGUCGCUGAGGAAGCCACACGGGCACACACAAAACCCACACGGCCGUGCAAGUAAUAAAUGUGGCCGUGUGGAAUUCUGCGAGGCUUCACACGGGCAGACUGGGUGAGCCACACGGCCGUGUGUCCUUGGCCGUGUAGGUAGCCUGAAGUGCAAUUAUUGGAAACACGGCGUUUUGUGUCUCACACCGGCAACUGGGUAUGCCACACGGCCGUGUGGUCUGCCCGUGUGAUCGGGAUUUUCUGGUUUUUACCCAAUUUCGGGCCACAAGUGAGGAAAUCGAAUUUUCAGAGCAAAAACAGUGCCCUAGAGAGAGAAAGUGCGAAGAACACAUCCUAGAAGCUAUCUUGGAGCUGGGUUUCAUCAAAUCAAGCUUGGAGAUCGUAAUAGGAGUGGAAAUCAUCAUCCCAGAGCAGAUUCUUCCCAUUGUUAUGAGUAUGACUGCUUUGUAUUCUGUUUUCCUCUCUCUCUAUGGAGUAGAACCCUUCUCUCACUUGGGUAUGAAGAACCCUAGUUCCAUGUGUUAGGGAUUUGAUUGUAAUGACUUGGGAUGAUUAUACUAUUUGGUUUUAAUCGAAUGAUGCAUGUUUUAUUGAAUUGAUUGAAGUCUGAUCAGUUUUUCUUGAUUUCUGCUGCAACUUGAGAUAGAUAGAAUCUGAUUAGGUUGUUAGAGCCUCUUCAUUCGUUAGUAGGGGAUUGGCUAUACGAGAGUUAGUCAGUUUACUGCUUUGUACUGGAAUCCAAUUCCAGUAGUGGAGUUCUGUGCUUAUUGCUUCAGCUUUCUAUCCCGGUGAAGACUAGUCGUCUGCCGGGUAGUUAGACUGAGAGGGUUUGGUCAGCUUAAGAGAUUCCAAGCAACUGUCGGAUCUUCCGCAGUCUAAUCAACAGUAAAUCAACCCAGGAUAA